AUGGAUGCGAAUCUCUACGCUGGGAAUAUCAAUGUCGAUGUGAAGACCGGCUAUCAGACGAGCCCCAAAAAUCCGUUGAAAAUCAAACCUGAGACGCUGGCCUUACUUGCUCAAAAUAAGGAAUUCAGAGAAGCGAGAAAGAAUGCCAAAGAAGUGGUUGUCGGUCGAAUUCCAUACGGUUACGAACCGGCCAGCUGCAAGCCACCAUACUGCAAUCCAUUUGUACAUCACACAGGAGUUGCCGUUGAAGUUGAACAAGGCGACGACAGAUUCUUCAUCGGCGGAAUCGACUUUCCCGUGCCAACAGGCGACGUGGGCGGCGUUCGCUUGCCACUCUCCGGUGCAGUCGAAUACGGUACUUCGCCUUACGCCUACGCCCACGGCAACGCUUUCAAUCCAGUAUCGCCGUUCGACCUGAAUUCCAUCGAUGACGAAAGCGUCAGUCAAACCGGGUCAAAACGUCGGAAUCCUGUGAAGAAAAUCGAUAAGCAUGCUUUCUACAGGAAGUUCUUCGACAGAUUGCCACACUGA